UAGUCUUUGAAAAAACUGGGAAUCUCCACAACACUGCAUACUUCAAAGCUGGGCCAAAGAGAUCAUGGAAUUGAAGAAAUUCUCUCUCCUUUUAGUCCUUUUAAUUGCACUGUCUGCAACCUUAACGCUUUCAGAAGAGAGUGUAGAAGAUGAUGCAGCGACAGAAGCGGCCGCAGAAGGAACGGAGGAAGCAGACGAAGCUGAAAAAGACGAAGCUGAGAACGACGAAGCCAGUGACGACGAAGUGAAAGAGGAAGACGAUGUUUUGGUUCUAACAACCAAAACAUUCGACUCUGUGGUGAACGAUAAAGAUAUCAUACUAGUCGAGUUCUACGCACCAUGGUGUGGCCACUGCAAACAGCUAGCCCCGCAAUAUGCCAAAGCUGCCAAAAGAAUGAAAGAGAAUGAUCCUCCUGUACCAUUUGCUAAAGUUGAUGCCACCGAAGAAAAAGAUCUUGGGUCACGGUAUGAAGUCAGCGGCUACCCUACUCUGAAGGUCUUUCGCAAGGGAGAAGCACAUGAUUAUGAUGGGCCCCGAGAUGAAGAAGGUAUUGUCAAUUACAUGAAACAACAAGCAGACCCCAACUGGAAGCCACCUCCAGAAGCUGUUGUUACACUCACUAAGGACAACUUCACUGACACCAUCAACAGCGAAUCUCUUAUGCUGGUUGAGUUUUAUGCUCCUUGGUGUGGCCACUGUAAAAGACUUGCCCCAGAAUAUGAGAAAGCAGCCAAAGAACUGAAGGAAAAUGACCCACCCAUCACUCUGGCUAAAGUUGACGCUACAGUUGACUCUGAACUGGCACAGAGAUAUGAAGUGACAGGAUACCCCACUCUUAAAGUGUUCCGCAAGGGCAAGGCAACUGAGUACAAGGGUGAAAGAAACCAGUGGGGUAUUACCAGCUACAUGCGUGGUCAGAUUGGCCCAAGCUCCAAGGAAAUGUCUUCACUUAAAGCCAUUACAGACUUCAUGAAAGAAAGAGAUGAAUUAGUUGUUGUAGGAUUCUUUAAAGAUGAAAACGACAAGCUGCUGGAAAAAUACCUGGAAGCCAAUGAUGACAUCAGAGACAAUUAUCCCUUUGCACACACCUUUGAUGCUACAGCUAAGAAGCACUUUGGCAUCACCAAGAGCUCUAUUGUGUUGUUCCAUCCUGAAAAGUUCAGGUCAAAGUUUGAAGAUAAACAAAUUGUGUUUAAGGGUGAAGAUCCCAAACCCGAGGACAUUCAGAAAUUUUAUGAGGACAACCGUAUUCCGCUGGUUGGUGAAAUGGACUCUCAUGACCAACAAAAGAAGUACACCAAACGGCCUCUGUGCAUUGUCUAUUACGACGUGGAUUUCGGUUUUGAAAACCGCGUAGCGACCCAGUUUUGGCGUCAAAAAGUGCUAGAGGUCGCCAAUGACCACCGUGACAUCACCUUUGCUAUUGCAAACGAGGAGGACUUUCAAGAUCAGCUCAAAGAUUUUGGACUGGAUGAUUCUGGAGAGGAGAUAAACGUUGGCUGCUUUGAUGAGAAGAACAGAAAAUACCCAAUGGAGCCCGAUGAAGAAUUCAGCGAAGAUAGUCUCCGUGAAUUUGUAGAGAACUUCAAAGAGGGUAACAUCAAGGCACAAAUAAAAUCGCAGCCGAUACCAAAGAAAAACACUGGCCCAGUCACUGUAGUAGUUGGAAAAACAUUCCACGAUAUCGUCAUGGAUCCUAAAAAAGAUGUUCUUAUCGAGCUGUACGCACCAUGGUGUGGACAUUGUAAGGCCCUGGAGCCCACUUACAAGAAACUUGGAAAGCAUUUUAAAGACGAGCCUAACAUAGUCAUUGCUAAAAUGGACGCUACAGCCAACGACGUACCCCCCGGGUUUUCCGCGGAAGGUUUUCCGACCAUCUACUUUGCGCCGGCGAACGACAAGAAGAAUCCUUUUAAACAUGACGGAGAGCGAGGAUUUGACGACCUGGUGAAACUUGUGGAGGAGAAAGCGACGGUAUCGCUUAAAAAAGCCGCUAAAGAAGAACUUUAAAAUUCUAGGUAGAAAACAUAUUUCGACCGUUUGGAACAUUUUGCAUCGCUAAAUUAAACAGACAAAUUGUGGGCAAGAAAUCCGUGCAACUGUAUAUUUUCCUGGACAUGGAGAGAGAAAAGUCGUAUUUUUUCAUCAACAAUGGAUUCUUGCUAGUUCUGGACAGGACGUAAAUCUACACUGUAGCUCCUCUUUUUUUUCGUUUGGGAAGAUGAGUAUAUUCACAAUGUAGUUGCCUAAUAAAACCAUCUCGUACCGUAUC